AUGGAUCAAGGGCUCUAUCUGGACCCUCUUUCGGCCUACAAGACUAGGGUGCAUCUGGGCUAUGAGUCCCUUCCCAGUCUUGUCUCCAUUUACCAAACCACAAGUGCGGACCAGCCACAGCCGGUUCAAAAGAAGUGGACUCUUGGGCCAACAACAAGCCCGCAGACUGUCUUUGAGCUCUUGUGCCUUCAAGAUUCGAGCACAAUGUUUCCUUUCACGAAUAUUUGGGCACCUGAAGAUGGCCCGGACAAAGUUUAUGCCUGCUGCGCAUUCCAAUGCCUGCGAUUCAGCAAUUUUCUCUCUUUUCCUAAUACUGAGACUAUCCAGACACUGAUAUUGUUGGUCAACUUUCUCAGAAACCAGGCGGAUGCAGGUGCUUCUUGGUCACUACUCGGGCUGGCUAUACGACUUGCUCAGACCAUUGGGAUCCAUUGUUCGUCGGACCCAGAAGGUUUAUCCGACAAGAACGAGCGAGAUGAGACCCUUGUUCACAAACAUAUCUGGCGCUCAUUAAUGUGGCAAGAUACACUAAUUUCAUUGUGUUAUGCCCGACCAUUGGGAAUUACUAUCCUCGAAGAUAUAGCAAUAACUGCUCCGGCUGGUCUAAACGAAAAACGCUUCGACUCUUUUUUGGACAGUUGCCAUAAUCUCUUUAUGGUUGCGAAUAAGAUCGGCCAGGCUCUUCACGGUGCAAAAAUUGCAAAAGAGCGUCUACCACUAUUAAACAUACUCGAUUUCAAGAACCUGAUCAACCAAAUUGAGACCCGCUCACUUCCUCACAUACAAGAUGUGACGAAAUGUCAGAACAAGGCUGAUUAUUUCCAGCACUUCUUCUUUCGAAUGUUCUCAGAUUCGAUCAUGCUAUGUUUGUGUCGUCCCGCUAUAUUGUCAGGCCAUCAUGAAUAUGAUCAAGAACUUAACAAUCUUCAUAUGAGCCGUUGCCGCUCUGUUUUGCGUACAUACCUCGAGCUUCUCAGCUUGAACUGCCCUAUUAGACGGUCGUGGAUCUUCAUUCACGUUGCGCUUAGCUGUGCAUUGUGCUUAGGAGUCUCCGCAGACGUCAGAGAACUGAAGUCGGAUAAAGUCGUUCUUAAGCAGUUCCUUGUUGCUUUGGCGGAGAGCAUGAUUUGUCAUAAUAUACCCCCAUACGCAAAUGCCCUCCGACUACUUGGGGACAUCAUCGAUAAGCACAAAAUGCUGGGUGAAUAUGCUCGGGAGUUGGAGAUGCAAAAGAAUGAGGUGGCUCACGCGACUGAGGCGGAGACUUGA